CUCGCGCCGCGGCCGCGGAGACGUGAAGGCCGUCCGCACGCCUCCUCCCGAUCCGGGUCGGUGCUCGCCCUUGCUCUAUCUCCCCGUCCUCAUGGAGAAGACGGAGCUGAUCCAGAAGGCGAAGCUGGCCGAGCAGGCCGAGCGCUACGACGACAUGGCCACCUGCAUGAAGGCCGUGACCGAGCAGGGCGCCAGGCUGUCGAACGAGGAGCGCAACCUGCUCUCGGUGGCCUACAAGAACGUGGUGGGGGGCUGCAGGUCCGCCUGGAGGGUCAUCUCGAGCAUUGAGCAGAAAACCGACACCUCCGACAAGAAGUUGCAGCUGAUUAAGGACUAUCGGGAGAAAGUGGAGUCUGAGCUGAGGUCCAUCUGCACCACGGUGCUGGAAUUGUUGGAUAAGUAUUUAAUAGCCAAUGCAACUAAUCCAGAGAGUAAGGUCUUCUAUCUGAAAAUGAAGGGAGAUUACUUCCGGUACCUUGCUGAAAUUGCAUGUGGUGAUGAUCGAAAACAAACGAUAGAUAAUUCCCAAGGAGCUUACCAAGAGGCUUUUGAUAUAAGCAAGAAGGAGAUGCAACCCACACAUCCAAUCCGCCUGGGGCUGGCUCUUAACUUUUCUGUAUUUUACUAUGAGAUCCUUAAUAACCCAGAGCUUGCCUGCACACUGGCUAAAACAGCUUUUGAUGAGGCCAUUGCAGAACUUGAUACACUGAACGAAGACUCCUACAAAGACAGCACCCUCAUCAUGCAGUUGCUUAGAGACAACCUAACAUUAUGGACAUCAGACAGUGAAGGAGAAGAAUAUGACGCGGCAGAAGGGGCAGAAAACUAAAUGCGUACAGGGUUUCAUCCUUCUUCCCCUCAAGAAACCUUUUUACUCAUCUCCAUUCCUUAUUCCAUUUGGAUUUCCUAUAGCAAAGAAACCCAUUCAUGUGUAUGGAAUCAACUGUUCAUAGUCUUUUCACACUGCGGCUUUGGGAAAACUCCAUUCCUUGAUUUGUGUUUGUCUUGGCCUUCCUGGUGUGCAGUUACUGCUGUAGAAAAGUAUUAACAGCUUCAUUUCAUACGAACGUCAGUAACUUCCAAACACUUAUGUAGAGGACUAAAAAUGUAUCUGGUAUUUAAGUAAUCUGAACCAGUUCUGCAAGUGACUGUGUUUUGUAUUACUGUGAAGAUAUGAAAAUGCAGUUCAUUACAAUUUCAAAAGUGUUCUACAUAACUUCUUAAUUUCUACAUUCCCUCCCUUACUUCUUUGGGGGUUUCCUUUUAGUAAGCAACUUUUCCGUGCUCUUCCUGUAUUCCUUUUUGGUAGGAAUCCAGAAGUAUUAGAUUGAACGGAAAAGCAUUUGGCAUUUCUGCGCGGGGGGUCGCAAAUUGAAAUUCCUCCUGUAUCAAAUAUGAUGGAGGUCUUGUGUAUCUGUGACAACAGGAAGUUUCCUUAUUCAUUCUUCAUUUGCUGCUGUUUAAGUUGACAACUUCCCUUCCCAAUAAAAAUUCACUUACA